GUCCCGCCGGGGGAGGCCCCCCCACCCAGUGAGAGGCCGAGACUCGGGGGGACGGGCAGCUGCAGGCGCCGCGGGGGAAAAUGACAUCGCGGAGAUGGUUUCACCCGAAUAUUACUGGAGUGGAGGCAGAAAAUUUACUGCUGACAAGAGGCGUUGAUGGCAGCUUUCUGGCCCGGCCCAGUAAAAGUAACCCAGGAGAUUUUACACUUUCUGUUCGGCGAAAUGGAGCUGUCACGCACAUCAAGAUCCAGAACACAGGAGACUACUACGACUUGUAUGGAGGAGAAAAAUUUGCCACGUUGGCUGAGUUAGUCCAGUAUUACAUGGAACACCAUGGGCAGCUCAAAGAAAAGAAUGGAGACGUAAUAGAGUUAAAAUAUCCACUGAAUUGUGCUGAUCCUACAUCUGAAAGGUGGUUUCACGGGCACCUUUCUGGAAAAGAAGCUGAAAAGUUAUUAACAGAAAAAGGAAAACAUGGAAGCUUCCUUGUGCGAGAGAGUCAAAGCCACCCAGGAGACUUUGUUCUUUCAGUCCGGACAGGAGAUGAUAAAGGCGAGAGUAAUGAUGGGAAAUCGAAAGUGACCCAUGUCAUGAUUCGGUGCCAGGAGCUGAAAUACGAUGUUGGCGGAGGGGAGAAAUUUGACUCUCUAACAGAUCUAGUGGAACAUUAUAAGAAGAACCCCAUGGUAGAAACUUUGGGCACAGUACUACAGCUCAAGCAGCCCCUGAAUACAACCCGUAUUAAUGCUGCAGAGAUUGAAAGCCGGGUGCGAGAACUAAGCAAGCUAGCAGAGACCACAGAUAAAGUCAAGCAAGGCUUCUGGGAAGAAUUUGAGACUUUACAACAGCAAGAAUGCAAACUUCUAUAUAGUCGUAAAGAGGGUCAACGGCAAGAAAGCAAAAACAAAAAUAGAUACAAAAACAUUUUACCUUUUGAUCAUACCAGAGUUGUUCUACAUGACGGAGAUCCAAAUGAACCAGUUUCAGAUUAUAUCAAUGCUAAUAUUAUUAUGCCUGAAUUUGAAACUAAAUGCAACAAUUCAAAGCCAAAAAAAAGUUACAUUGCUACUCAAGGCUGCCUACAGAACACAGUGAAUGACUUCUGGAGAAUGGUAUUCCAGGAGAACUCUCGUGUUAUCGUUAUGACAACAAAAGAAGUCGAAAGAGGAAAGAGUAAGUGUGUCAAAUACUGGCCUGAUGAAUACGCAUUAAAGGAAUACGGGGUUAUGCGUGUUAGGAAUGUUAAGGAAAGUGCAGCUCAUGACUAUACGCUAAGGGAACUGAAACUUUCUAAAGUUGGUCAGGGGAACACUGAGAGAACAGUUUGGCAAUAUCACUUCAGAACCUGGCCUGAUCAUGGAGUACCCAGUGAUCCUGGUGGUGUCCUGGACUUCUUAGAGGAGGUCCACCACAAGCAGGAGAGCAUCGCUGAUUCAGGACCUGUUGUGGUGCAUUGCAGUGCUGGGAUUGGACGAACAGGAACUUUUAUUGUGAUUGAUAUUCUUAUUGACAUAAUCCGAGAAAAAGGCGUGGACUGUGAUAUUGAUGUUCCAAAAACCAUUCAGAUGGUGAGAUCGCAGCGGUCAGGGAUGGUUCAAACAGAAGCGCAGUACAGAUUUAUUUACAUGGCAGUACAGCACUACAUUGAAACGCUACAGCGUAGAAUUGAAGAGGAGCAGAAGAGUAAGAGGAAAGGGCAUGAAUACACAAACAUUAAAUAUUCUUUAUCGGACCAGACAAGUGGGGAUCAGAGCCCACUUCCACCAUGUACUCCGACCCCAACCUGUCCAGAAAUGAGAGAAGAUAGUGCUAGAGUAUAUGAAAAUGUGGGGUUGAUGCAGCAGCAGCAGAAAAGCUUUAGAUGAGAUGUACAGAAACUUCCAUGCAAAGGAAGAAAUGAAUAUUGUUUUUUAAAAAAGGUCAAGAAAGAGAUGGAACAAGCUUCACAUGAAGAAUGAACUUUGAAGGCUUGGUACCUUUUUAUUUAUGGUGUUUAACCCUUCAAUAAUAAGCAAAACCUAAGACCAUCUAAAGAUCAUUAUAUCCUUUCUCUCCAAUAUCUGAUUUACAAUUGCUCAUUUUUCAAAUAAAAAGGAAAUCCUCUCUACAAUGUAGAAAGAUAUUUUGUAGAAUCUUAAUUGCGAAUCCAGCCAACUGUUAGACUGGCGUUCAUCUGCUUCAAAUAGCAUUUUUGUUUCAAAAUCUGGUUAUUAACAUUAUUUCUUAUCAGAGCAGUUGUGGGGAUUUUUUUUUUGAAUGGGGAAGCAAUGAUGUGGGUAAGUCCAUUAUAUAAAUAUAAAAUACUAAUGGGAACAAUUCUUGAUUGUUUGAAGACAGUGGAUCACCCACAUUAAAAGUCAGCUACAUGAUAAAAUUAGUCCUAAUGCAUUUCAAACUUGGUCUGAGUUUGACAGGGGUGAGCAGUUAAUCUUUGAUAUGAAGAUGUUUUUUGUGACAGCUGAUGGCUUUGAUUACUUCUCAGCUGAGUUGCUGGAUGGGCUAUUUUUGAGUAACUACAAAAAGUCGCCUUUGCAUCAGACUAGAACAUUCUAUAGAUGACCUGUACCCAAGAUACCAAUUUACAGCCACUCUGUCAAAAAAAAAAAAAAAAAAA